ACAAAAACUAUGAAAGUUUUAAUAUUUAUGAUCGACUCCGUCGGCCAUAUAAACUCGUGUGUCGGUAUUGGCCAACAAUUAUCGGCCGCUGGCCACGGGGUAACCUUUCUCAUACGUAACCAUUGGCACGGUUUGCCCGAAUCGUACGAUUUCGAUGCCGUCUACUAUAACGAUACGGAUGUCGAGUACUCGGCUGAGGAUCGCUUGAAAGUAUGGUCACAGAUAUGCGACAAAGGAGGCUAUUUCAAGGACAUACCGGCACUGGACAAGUCAGUCAACAUUUUAAAUAUACAUAUGCAUGAUAUGUGUUUGUUAAUGGCUAAAAAAUUGGACACAAUUAUUGAGGAUGUUAUCGAUGGUUUGAAACCCGAUAUUAUAGUUGUCGAUUAUUUUUUGGCCAUACCUUCGGUAAUAAUGUCUGGCAUACCAUGGGUUUGGGCAUCAAGUUUGCAGCCAUUGUCGCUUAUGGGUUGGUCUGAUAAUAGACUACCGCCAACAUGGUCAGGACUUUCAAUAUUUGGAGACAAAAACAAGUGGUCAGAGUAUAGGAAAUCUUUGGCUAAAAUGACACGAAACACAUGGCAAGAGUUUAACGACUAUUGUGUCGGUAAAGGUUGCAAACCGUUAGACAAAUUGCAGUUUUUCUAUCCGUCACCAUAUCUUAACCUUUAUGCUUAUCCCCGGGAACUGGACUAUCAGGAGUAUCAACCGCUACCCGAAAACUUCUAUCGUGUCGAUCAUUUAAUGAGAAGCGAUAAGAAACACUCUGACUAUCAGUUUGUCAUACCUGAGACAUUACUGGACAAACCGGGAAAACUUAUAUACUUUUCAAUGGGAACAUUAGGUUCGGCUAAUGUGGCAAACAUGAAACGAUUGAUCCGAUUGUUGGCCAAACUUGAACACAGAUUUAUUGUAUCAAAAGGUCCAAUUCUUGGGCUCGACACCGACAAGGACUAUAGGCUUCCUGACAACAUGUGGGGCGAGACAACUGUCCCGCAGAUCCAGUUGUUACCCGAAGUCGAUUUGGUCAUUACUCACGGCGGCAACAAUACAAUAGCCGAGACCAUGUAUUUUGGUAAACCUAUGAUAGUGUUGCCACUGUUUAUCGAUCAGUUAGAUAGCUCACAGCGUAUAGAAGAUCUAGGAUUUGGUAUCCGAUUAAAUGCUAAUAACUGUACAGAACAUGAGCUCCGGGAGGCUAUUGACAAACAGCUCAGUGAUUAUGAUUUGUUGAAUAGAUUGCGACAAAUCUCUGAACGAAUUCAAUCGGAUAACAGUAUUGCAAACAUACCGACACUGGCUACUAGAGCUGAACAUCGGGUUAUAUACUUGACCAACCAGGAAACAGCUGACAAAAAACUAGACAGAAUUUUGGGUACGAAAGUAGAAAUUAUGAUCGAACCGGAACCGGGAAUAAAAAUCUGGGAUCGAAUGGCUGACAAUAAUUAUUGGUUAGAAUCGGGUUUACUAAGCGAUGAUCUGCAGGUCCAUGAAAAAGCAUAUCUAAUAUUCAAUGAAUUGUCAUCAAUAGAUAGUUUUCGUAGUGAUAAUCAAUUAUUAGAUCAAUUGUUAGCAGUGGUCAAACCGGAUCUAAUAGUUACUGAUUGUUGUAGUGUUCAUCCGGCAAUUGUUAGAUUGGGAAUCCCGUUGAUGAGGAUAUGGAUUACUGGACGAUUGACCGGUAUUGGCGAUAGACUAUUACCACCGCAUGGAUCGGGUUUACCUAUGGGUUGUAAAUCUGAAAUAUAUGAUGAGUUUAGGGAAAAAAUUAGAAAACCAUUUAAUGAUCUCUGGAAACUAUAUCAUAAUUAUUUAGUUUCAAUGGGAUGUCAGCCGUUACCCGAAAAUGUCUUAUUCCCGAUUGACGACUGUCUCAAUAUUUAUGCCUAUCCUAAGGAAAUGGACCAAUUGUAUGAUCAGAUUAAACCGUUACCGAAAAAUGUCAUACGUUUUGAUCAUAUGCUUAUUGAAUCGGAUUUUGAUGGACAGGAAUUUAUAGUACCCGACAAACUACGGGAUAAAUCGGGAAAAUUGAUUUAUUUUGCAAUGGGAUCUAUCUGUUCAUCUGAUCGACAAAAUAUGAUUCGUUUAAUUAAAAUGUUGGGUAAAUCUCAGCAUAGAUUUAUUGUAUCAUUGGGUGAUCGUUUAGAUGACUAUCCGUUGCCCGACAAUGUAUGGGGACAACCAAGUCUACCACAAUUGUCAAUACUGCCCCUGGUCGAUUUGGUUAUUACUCAUUGCGGUAUUAAUACCGUUUGUGAGACCAUGUAUUUUGGUAAACCUAUGAUAUGUUUGCCCGUAUUUGGCGAUCAAUACGAUCACUCACAGAGAAUACAUGAAUCGGGUUUCGGUAUUAGACUAGACGUUCACAAAUGUACGGAACGACAGUUAUUGACAGCUAUUGACAGUCUAUUGGCUGAUAAAUUGUUGGCCGAAAAAUUGAAUAAAAUAUCUCAACGAAUACAAGCGGUUAACAUAAGAACAUAA